AUGUCGCUUUCUUACACGAAAACCUUUUUGUCUGGUUCAAUAAUGCAUAAUUUAGAAGGUGACAAACUCAUCCUACCACCUUCUGUGCUUUUAGACCUUUUACAAACUGCAAAUCAAUCGAAUCCAGACGAUUUUUCUAACUCACAGCUACCUCAGCCGAUAAUCUUCCAAAUAUCCAAUCCAAAAACACGGUUGAUUACCCAUGGCGGGGUUUUAGAAUUCAAUGCAGAAGACGAGAAGGUUUACUUGCCGCCGUGGAUGUAUGAAUCUUUGUCUCUGAAAGAGGGCUCCGAGGUCACGAUCCGCCUAAAAGAACUACCCAAAGGUACUUGGGUAAGAUUUCGCCCAAUGAAUACGGAUUAUAAGGAGAUAAGAGAUUACAGAGCCGCCUUCGAGGGAUACUUACGUUCACACUACGCGACCUUAACUGAAGGCGAAAUCUUAACAAUAAAGCAAGCAAAUUCAUCCUACCAAUUUUUGGUGGAGGAACUGAAACCUGCUAAUGCCGUACAAGUUCUAGACACAGAUUUGGAGGUUGAGAUAACUCCCUUUUCUGAUCCCAAUUCACAAAACGUAAUAAGUACGAUCAUAAAACCUAAAGAAAAUGAUAUACGCGUCGGUGAGAUUGUUAAAGGUAUUGUUAAUAAAGAUGAGUACGUAUAUUGGAAAGCGACUAGUUUUGAGAGAUCACAUGGACUCAACAUCGAAUUGAAUAUAAAAACUGGAGAUGCAGAUCUUCUUGUGUCAACAAAUCGCAACCCAAAAGUUGACGAACACAUCUGGUCUGAUUUUUCAUCCGAUCCAACCAAAUCAAUAUUUAUUGAGUCAACGAACUCGGAGUACGCUUCAAAUUCGGAAAUCUAUAUCGGCGUUUUCGGUUUUAGUGAUUCACCAACGUCUUAUGAAUUAAAUUUAAUGUCCUCCGAUCAUCCUCUUAAAUCGGUAGAAACCACUCUCGAAAAUUUUGAUACUAAUGAAAAUUCCCCUGGGAAUAAUGUUCUAUGCAAGGUCUGCGGUAAAGUAAUUAAGAAAGAUGAAAAGGAAAGACAUUGGCAUUGUGAUCAAUGCGAAAAGAAUGGUGAUAUUAGGGAAAGAGAUAAACACAUGCAUGUCGUUCACACUAAUCGGCAAUGUUCAUGCGGAUAUGAAACACAAUCUCUUCCUGAAAUGGCCUCACACAAACAAACAACUUGUCCGGACAAGUUAAUUGUAUGCCGAUUUUGUCACAAUUAUGUUAAAAGUGGAGGUUUUCUUACUAAUCAACAAGAUUUACUCGAUGGGUUGACUGCUCAUGAAUCUUAUUGUGGUGGCCGUACUAUCACAUGUACAAAAUGUGGACUUCCCGUUAUCCUCAAAAAUGUGAAGGUGCAUCACAUGAUGCAUGAGAUGGAAAGACAGAAUAGACGAUUGCCACGGCUUUGUAGAAAUAAAAAUUGCAUUAGGAGCGCAGCGGACAAUGCACUUAGAUUAUGUGUUGUUUGUUUUGGACCUUUUUGGUCACCAUCGGCAGAUCCAAAUAAGAAAAUGUUGUAUACCAGAGUUGCAAGAAAAUAUCAUUCACAAUUAACAACUGGAUGUGGUCAGAAGUGGUGUAAAAAUGAGUAUUGUGCCACCGGAAACUCUACUUCUCAAGAUCCCACAACAGCAGCGUUGACGCUAGCACCACUUCUUAAACAGCUUCAGUCCUCCGCUACGGCUCCAAUGUAUUUAUGCGUAGAUGAGACUACAACCCGCAAGCGUCUAUUGGCUAACAUAUUAUAUAAAAGUGAAGAUAUUGAAGGCAUAGAAGAGUAUCCCGAUGAGUUUUGCGUUAAAGCGAUAGAGGUCGAAGAUGAAGAUAUAGUGCGAGCAAGAAAUUGGCUAAGGGAAAAUGCUCCUAAUAAAAGUAUUAAGUCAUAG